GUUCCAAACUGGAUAAGAUCAAAGAUUCCAAUAGACAAAGUAAGCAGUUGGAAGAGCUCACAGGAAAGAUGAGGGAAUGUAAAAGGUAUGGAAAAACCAGCACAUGGUUCUUUGAACAUGUGGGAGCUUCUCUUGGUGCAUUAUAAAAAAUUUGCACUGUGAGUCGUAUGUAGGCAACAUCAGCAUUAACUUGGAACUGUAAAUUCAUUUAGAUGCUUGCUGGACAUAGAAAAUGAGAAAAAUUAGAGUUGAAUCGACAUGCUUCCCAGACUUUAUUGUAAUUCUGACAACAAAGUUCAACCAAGAACAACGUGGUGUUCUGCAACUAAUUUAAGUGCUGCAGAUUUGAAGGGAAAUUGUCAAACUGUUCUUUGGACGUCUCCAUACUUGGAAAAUGCCACCACUUCUUGCCCUUCAGCCCACUGCAUCCGUUAUCAACUCCUCGAGAGUUCACACAUCACCUAUCCACGGCCUCCAGUCAUGCUCAUCCAUGUCUGAGCUCAAGCAAUUUCACUCCCAGAUAAUCCGUCUUGGUCUCUCUAUUGACAAUGAUGCCAUGGGCCGUCUCAUCAAAUUUUGUGCUGUAUCAAAGAAUGGAGACCUUGACUAUGCACUUCUCUUGUUCAAGACAAUCCCCUACCCAGAUGCAUUUAUAUACAAUACCUUAAUAAGAGGUUACUUACAACAGCAAUCCUCUAGAGCUUGCAUACUUCUGUAUUUGCAAAUGCUCCAUAAGGUUGUCCUUCCCAAUAAAUUUACAUUCCCUUCUCUAAUUCGUGCUUGCUGCAUUGAUAAUGCUAUUGAGGAAGGGAAGCAAGUUCAUGCACAUGUUCUUAAAUUUGGCUUCAGAACAGAUAUAUUUUCUCAGAACAAUUUAAUUCACAUGUAUGCUAAUUUUCAAUCCUUGGAGGAUGCAAGAAGGGUCUUCGAUGGUAUUGAGCUACCAGAUGCUGUGACUUGGACCACUUUACUUACUGGGUACGCUCAAUGCGGACUUGUUGAUGAAGCUUUUCAAGUUUUUGAGUCAAUGCCUGAGCACAACUCUGCUUCUUGGAAUGCCAUGAUUUCUUCUUUUGUCCAAAAUAAUCGAUUUCAUGAGGCAUUUGSUUUGUUUAAUAGGAUGAGAUCAGAGAAGAUUGUUUUGGACAAGUAUGUGGCGGCUAGCAUGUUGUCAGCUUGCACAGGAUUGGGAGCACUUGAGCAAGGAAAGUGGAUACACAGAUAUAUCAAGAAAAGUGGGAUUGAGUUGGACUCAAAACUUGCAACGACACUUAUUGACAUGUACUGUAAAUGUGGUUGCUUGGAUUGUGCUUUUUCAGUUUUCACUCAUUUACCUGAAAAGGGGAUUUCUUCAUGGAAUUGCAUGAUUGGAGGGAUGGCCAUGCAUGGUAGGGGAGAGGCCGCCAUUGAACUUUUUAAAGAGAUGGAGAUGAAAAUGGUUACCCCUGACAAUAUAACUUUCCUUAAUGUUCUCAGUGCAUGUGCCCAUUCAGGGUUAGUGGAAGAGGGACGCCAUUAUUUCCGUCAUUUUAUUGAACUUUAUGGCAUUGAACCUAGGACUGAGCAUUUUGGAUGCAUGGUUGAUCUGUAUGGGCGAGCUGGGAUGUUGGAGGAAGCAAUGAAGCUCAUAAGCGAGAUGCCCAUGAAUCCUGAUGCAGGAGUGUUGGGUGCCCUUGUUGGAGCUUGUAAAAUUCAUGGGGACGUAGAUUUGGGGGAGGAAAUAGGGUUGAGAGUAAUUGAACUAGAACCUACCAAUAGUGGACGCUAUGUUUUACUUGGUAAUCUAUAUGCGAAGGCGGGUAGAUGGGAAGACGUUGCAGAAGUAAGAAAACUAAUGAAUGAUAGAGAGGUGAAGAAGGCUCCUGGGUUUUCCAUGAUUGAACUAGAAGGUGUUGUAUAUGAAUUUAUUGCCGGAGGAAGGGCUCACCCUGAAGCCGAUAAAAUAUACGUCAAAGUCAAUGAGAUGCUAGAAUGUAUUAGAUAUGUAGGAUAUGUACCUGAAAAUGAAAUUGACGUGGACAAGGAUAACCCUAUUUACUACCAUAGUGAGAAAUUGGCAGUUGCUUUUGGCUUGCUCAAAACUAAAGCAGGGGAAACACUUCGAAUUACCAAGAAUCUGCGGAUCUGCAAGGACUGCCACCAAGCUUUAAAGCUCGUCUCCAAGGUUUUUGAACGGAAAAUCAUUCUGGAACACAGGUAUACGAAUACUCAUGCUAAUAAGAGGAUUGAGCUAUUUGGAGAGAGGGGCACUGACGAACCUACAACUGAUGAUAAUAUUGAGAUGACAUCAUCAUUAUCAAGUCAAGAACUAGUCAACGUUGGGAAGAAGAUGAUGGAUGAUGCUGAUCCGGCAAUUGAGUGUUCUAAAAUGGUAGUUGAACAAACAGUUGAAGUGGGAAGGCAAUCUGCUUCUAUAUUGGAAGGCCAAGCCACAGCUACGAAGAAAAUAAUUGCUAUAUGCCAAUCAGGUGGUGAGUUUGUGAAAAAUAAAGAUGGAUCCCUGUAUUACAAUGGGGGCGAGGCCUAUGCUAUAGAUAUUGAUCAGCAGACAAAUUUGGAUGAUUUUAAGACAGAAGUAGCAGAAAUGUUUAGUUGUAGUAUUCAUACAAUGUCCAUCAAGUAUUUUCUUCCGGGUAACAAGAGAACUCUCAUCUCGAUAUCCAAGGACAAGGAUCUAAAGCGGAUGGUAAAAUUUUUGAGGGAUUCUAUCACGGUUGAUGUGUUUAUCUUGUCAGAGGAAGCUGCUGCUCGAAAUUUAUCCAACAUGCCUGCUAGUAGGUCAAGUAGAACAACAGUUUCUGAGGCAGUAGUUCCUGUAGUUGCGCCUGUAGAUGUUGCAGUUGAGACCAUCAUUGCCAUCGAUCAGAUUGGAAUGGAUGUAUCCAGUGAAGUCCCUUUAAUUUGUGUUCCUGCCGGGUCUAGUGAUGAAAAGCAUCGAAAAGCUGCACAACAAUGGGAAAAUGCCAUAAUUGGUGUAGACCAAAGGUUUAACAGUUUUAGUGAAUUCCGAGAAGCUUUACAUAAGUAUUCAGUUGCUCACGGUUUCGCUUACCGGUAUAAGAAAAAUGACAGCCAUCGUGUCACUGUUAAAUGCAAAUACCAAGGCUGUCCAUGGCGAAUAUAUGCUUCAAGGUUGUCUACGACCCAACUGAUUUGUAUUAAGAAAAUGAACACAAGUCAUUCAUGUGAAGGGGCUGCUGCUAAAGCUGGAUAUCGGGCCACCAGGGGAUGGGUGGGAAAUAUCAUAAAGGAAAAGUUAAAAGUCUCCCCAAACUACAAGCCAAAAGAUAUUGCAGAUGAUAUAAAACGAGAAUAUGGAAUUCAAUUGAACUAUUCACAGGCAUGGCGUGCAAAAGAGAUUGCAAGAGAGCAACUUCAAGGCUCCUACAAGGAAGCAUAUAAUCAGUUGCCAUACUUCUGUGACAAGAUUAAAGAAACCAACCCUGGAAGUGUUGCUUCAUUCACCACCAAAGAUGACUCGAGCUUUCAUCGCCUAUUUGUAUCAUUUCAUGCCUCCAUUUCUGGUUUCCAGCAAGGUUGUCGGCCGCUCCUUUUCCUUGAUAGUACUCCGUUGAACUCAAAGUACCAGGGGGUGUUUUUGACCGCCACGGCAGCAGAUGGAGAAGAUGGUAUAUUUCCAGCGGCUUUUGCAGUUGUAGAUGCUGAGACAGAUGAAAAUUGGCAUUGGUUUUUACUGCAAUUGAAAUCUGCAGUGCAAACGUCAGAGCAGAUUACAUUUGUUGCAGAUUUUCAGAAUGGACUGAACAAGUCUUUGGCUGAAAUAUUUGACAAGUCUUACCAUAGCUACUGUUUGCGCCAUCUAGCUGAAAAGCUUAACAAUGAUUUAAAGGGCCAAUUUUCUCAUGAGGCAAGGCGAUUUAUGAUUAAUGAUUUCUAUGCUGCUGCUCUCGCAUCUAAACUUGAGGAUUUCCAGCGCUGUGCUGAAAGUAUAAAAGGAAUUUCACCUGAUGCUUAUAAUUGGAUCAUACAAAGUGAACCAGAACACUGGGCAAAUGCAUUCUUUGGAGGAGCGAGGUAUAACCAUAUCACAUCAAAUUUUGGACAGCAGUUCUAUUGUUCUGUAUCUGAAGCACAUGAAUUGCCUAUAACACAGAUGAUUGAUGUACUACGGGGCAAAAUGAUGGAAACAAUAUACAGACGCAGGGUUGAGUCAGAUCAAUGGAUGACAAAAUUAACACCUUCAAAUGAGGAAAAGUUACAGAAAGAAAUAUCAAUAGCGCGGUCAUUUCAGGUUUUGCUCUCCCAUGGAAGCACAUUUGAGGUCCGGGGGGAAUCUGUUGACAUUGUUGAUGUCGAUCAUUGGGAUUGUAGCUGUAAGGGAUGGCAACUCACUGGUUUGCCUUGUUGCCACGCUAUUGCUGUCUUUCAAUGCAUUGGUAGGAGCCCAUAUGAUUAUUGCUCCAGAUAUUUCACAGUUGAGAAUUACCGCCUAACAUAUGCUGAGUCAAUUCAUCCUGUCCCGAAUGUKGAUAGACCAAUCUUGGGAGAAUCUACUCAGGAAUUAGUCACAGUAACCCCUCCACCUACUAGAAGGCCGCCUGGUCGUCCGAAGAUGAAACAGAACGAAUCAUUAGAAGUAGUUAAACGCCAGCUCCAAUGUAGCAAGUGUAAAGGCCUUGGCCACAAUAAGAAAACAUGCAAAGAUUCUUAGCUUCGUUUUAGGAGUUCCAAAGUAGGUAAUUACUCCUUGACUUUGUUUCACUAAUUGUUAAUAUUUACUUGUUGCUAUCUAUGGUCUAUCUCGGGCUUAAGGUAAUUGAAAUUUUGUUGGUAUCUUACGCAUUCUUCGUCAGGCUUCUUCUUCCUACUUCUGGAGAAAAUUCUUUUUAUACUAAUAUUUAKUAUAGACUAAGUGGCAACUUCCUCUGUGGAUUCUUGUUUUGUAGAACAUUUCAGUACUAUUGGUAUGUUAAUACUAUCUUGUCAAUUUAUGGGC